AUGCCACGAUGGCCCAACCGUGUGUCGAAGCAAGAAGAUUUGUACACGAUAGAAAAGAAAAACUGCGCAUCACGGCCACGUUGCUGGGCAAGUGCUGGGCAGUGGGUUGAAACCAUCGAAGAAUUGGGCAAUUACAGCUCGAAACAAAGAGAGUAUCAGAAUGACUUCGAUCGCGAUCUCGAGCCAAGUGCCGUGACGAAGUUCACGCGGUCUCCCUACGGUCACUGCCCCGUGCCAAAGUCUGGGAAUCGGAAGGUCUUCCCAGGAGUCGCCCCACCCCCGUGGAAAGCGGACUGGGCUUCCGGACGUCCCCAGUCCGGGUCGAAGCAUGGAGAGAGACCCCCCCCAGAGCGUCGCCCUUUGAUGGGACAGAGUUCCUGGCGAAGCCGAAAGAUCACCUCAGAUUGCUGUCCAAAGACUUGGCAGCAUCACCUGAGAGAUGGGUUGCUCGUCUUGUGGUUCCGACGAAGCAACAUGCCAAACUUUGGCCCACUCAGGAAGAGGAAUUGGCAAAACGAUGUUUGUUCAAUGGCUGGCAAGGCAGUGUCGGACGCCCCAGAGAUGGCUGUGGCCACUGACCUUUGA